CGCAACAAGUUUGCAAGCCGAGACCCAGCCUCCUCGGUGUAUCUGCCGUCGUGUUGACAGCUCGGACUCCCGACACGCUUUUCCGCUUCUUUUCGCCGUGUACCUUCUCUAACGAUGGUGAUAUUCGGUAGAUUCAUUAAUCGCCAGUCAACGGAAGAAAUGACAGUCGUCCGUGUGGUAAACCAAUAACGCUGAAGGCCGAAGACAAUGACCGAACACCAGGAACAGAGUGAGGACAUCAGCCUCCUGAGCCCCCAGGAUCUGGCGGAGACUACCAAGGAGGAUGACACACACUGCCCCUCGCAGUUCAGGGUCCCACUUAUUGACGACCUCUCCUACGAGGAUGUGAAGAAGUGCUACCGUGGAUCGACGGUCAGCAAGUACAACUCCCAGUACCACAAGCUGUUCCAGACGGUGCCCAAGGAGGAGAUCCUCAUGAAAGUCUAUUCCUGCGCCCUCCUCAGGGAUAUCCUCCUGCAGGGACGUCUCUACAUCUCCAGGAACUGGCUGUGCUUCUACGCCAACCUCUUUGGCAAGGACAUCAAGGUGGCUAUUCCUGUUGUCUCUGUGCGGCUGGUGAAGAAGCACAAAACAGCAGGCCUGGUGCCCAAUGGACUGGCUAUCACCACAGAUACCAGUCAGAAGUACGUGUUCGUGUCCUUGCUGUCCCGGGACAGUGUGUAUGAUGUGCUGAGGAGGAUUUGCACGCACCUGCAGGUCAACGGCAAGAAGAGCCUCAGCCUCAAGCAGCUCAUGGAGGAGCCUGCUUCCUUAUCGCUGGAUGAGUUCCCAGUGGCGGACGAGUUCCCACCAGUCCUCAAAUGGAGGAGGAAGCCCUCGGUGGCGACGGUGUCCUCAUCCCUCCCAGACCUCCUGGGCAACUCCACCAGCAGCCUGAGUGCGGUGGACACACCCUUUCAGGCAGACGAGCCGCUGCAAGAGAGAGUUCUGGAGACAGAGAAGAUCCUUCUGACUGAGCCGGUACCAGAACUGGGCCACAUGGAGUACCAGCUACUGAAGUUCUUCAUUCUGCUCAUCAUCCUGCUGAUUCUAUCCUCCUGUUACCUGGCCUUCCGCGUGUGCAGCCUGGAGCAGCAGCUGUCCUUCCUGAACACCAACCCUGCUCUGCCCGUGAGGGAAAGGUAACCCCUGCUCCGCUCUGCGGCCCCAGAUGACCGACCAGCCGGCCCGCCUGUUACGGUCACGGUCACGUUCCUGUCUGUGAUCGCCUCAACACUACAGAUGCAUCUUCUUACUUACUGGCAGUUUUAGUGGAAAGUGGAAAGUGAGGAGCAUUC